CUUGUUCUUCCAAAUCCUUAUUUGUUCUUCUCCAUCUCCAUUUCCCUCUUCUCGAUAGUGAGGCCGAGUCUGGUCAUAAGACUCAUAACCAUAUCAUAGUUUCAGUGAAACUUUCCACAGAAAUCAUGAAGGUGCGGUCAGCUGUGAAGAAGAUGUGUGAAUAUUGUCGGACAGUUAAGCGCCGAGGACGUGUCUAUGUGUUGUGCACAGCUAACCCUAAGCACAAGCAAAGACAAGGCAUGUCAACAUUUGCAAAUGAAGGGACAUCUCAUCCGGUGUCCUUGGAGAUAAGCAGCUCCAAGAAGGAGAUUAGGCCUACUCAUAUCUUGCGAACGGGUCUGGCUUCUAUUAUUCCACAAAGGCACAGCCUGUCUAUGUUGUAUGGAUGGAGGGUGGGUCUGGCCUCUAUUCUGUCCAAGAAGUAGAAAGAUAAUUAGCAACUUUCGAUCCAAUUAUUACAAAGAAUAAAUAUGAAGAUAUUGAUCAGCAACGGUUAUAUAUUAAGGCAGCCUUUGGCUUGUUCUCUUUCUUCCUUGUAUUGGUUGAUGAAGUUGUCUCUGUAAACUUGUUUUGUUCUGCACUAUAUUUGAUGUACCGCACUUGUGUAUUUUGUUUAUCCGUCAAGAAGAUGGUCAACGAAGGUACCGUUAGAGUAUGUUUCGGUGUUCAGUGAAUCGGUGGAACACAACUAAUACGCGUGCACCUCUAAAGACGAGAAUUUUUUUGCAAUGUAUUGUUAUCAAUGUAUCUCACAUUUUUCU